AUGGCGCAAGCAGCAGCUCCACUUCAGAGAGUUGCUCCCCGGGUAUCUCGCUGGGGUCCCCCGAUUCCACCUCCAAUUAUGCCACAAUGGGGUCCUCAUGGAGUUUGGGUGCCGUAUCCUCCGGCGGCACCUAUGCAUAGUCAACAAAGGUGGGGAGAGCCUACUGGUCAAGUCCCAAGGACCUCCGUGUUUAGCCGAUUGAACAAUGGUCAAUCGAGCUCCGGCGGUGCAAGCCAAGACCGUGUGAUUAAUUCUAGGACUUUGACUCCACAAGAAUCGGAAAAGGCAGCAAUACAGCAAGUCUAUGUGCCUAAGAAGGUUGAGGUUCCCGUUGUUUUCCCACCAAGAGCUAGGCCUCGAUCGGUCGUCACAAUUGGCUCCAUGGAAGCUCCUAUCAUUAAUCAUGAUGGGCUAAUUGUAAUUAAAGAAAUUCCAGCAUCUAAGCAAGAUGAAGCUCCCAAAGAUGUGGCUAGAAUUGAAGAAAAGAAGCACGCCGAAGGAGAUUCUAAGUAUCGGCAACCCAUAUGGUGUCCUCGUGUGUUGAAUAAAACUCAAAGGCGUAAGUUACAGCAUGCCCGACAUAAGCAACAGAAGAGGGAGAAGCUUGCCAAGAUGGAUGGUGAAAUUCUCAACCCCGUACAUGUCAAAAACCCUUUGGAAGAUCAGAACGCCGCCGCCGCUGCUGGUCCCUGA